GAGACCUCCUGCUUCUCCAGCUGCUUCCUGGGGGAUGUAAGGUGAGGUGGAAACCCCUCUUCAGCACUGCAAGAAUGGACAGCUAUUUGCUGGAACCCAAACCUGGGGAUUUCUAGGAGAGGUUUCUGCAGACUUGCUGCCUUCACGUCCUCUGCGAGCUUAGACUUACUCUGAAGCACAAACUGCUGAAGCUGCUGUAUAGCUCUGCUCUCACCCAGAAUAAGACAUGAAGAAGCCAGCCUGUGGACAGCCUAUGGCAUUCACCUCUACUAUCAUGCAGCAAUUGACAGGAUAAAGGUCCAGGAUGCCUCUCGAGAAAGGAGAUAGAAACUGCUAGCUGAGUAAGCAGCCUGGGUGGAGGAGUUGGACAGCAAAACCUGACAGCAGGGAUCCAUAGAUGGGUUCACAAAUAGAACAUUAAUGACAUCCAAGUGGAAAUAUUGAAACAGAAAGUACAGAACGUGAUCCCAAAAGCCAGGAAUUGGGCACCCUCUAACUUACUUCAAGACAGUUUAGCAACAAUUUUGACCCUGCAAAACUACUGACAGCCCCAGGUGCAGCAUUUUCAUCUUGGACCAAAGUGAAUGACAGUUUAUUUAACAAAGGGUUCCUCUGAGUAUUUUGUAUCCAGGGACCUUUCUUCUUUACAGAAAAAGAAGUGGUGUCAUUUCCAUUAAAGCGAUGCUUCCAAGAAUCUGUGCUCAGGAACUGAAAGCAGAGAGAAUGAGAGAGAGCUGUGUCAGCUGAUCAGCUUUCAAACCAGCUUCAUAUUCUCAAUUUUCUUAAAAUGAUCUGUCCAUCAAUGGCAUCUCUAGGGUCCCUCUUUGGAACCUUUAUUGGCUAGGAGUUGACUGAGCAGAGAUGGAAUACACAGCGCAGUCACUUGAAAAGAAAUCUGUUCCUAUUUCUACAGCACGCUGCUUUUUAGUGCGAAGAUGUGUUUUCUCCUCCAGAUAAUUUUGAAAUUGCAAUAUAUUUUCAUAAACAGCUUAUUUCCGCUUAAAUAUUCUGCUUGUGUCUAUAAAAGAGGAUGUUGUAAAUGGAAUCUGGCAGAAAUGGAAGUUGAAUAUUGUGAUUAAUUAAACUACUAAAAAGGCUUUUAAAAUAAACUCAGAUAAUGUACAAGAUAUGGCCAAGAUAAUUGCAAAAUUUCAGAGGUAUUUUCGACGGAAGCCUGUACGCUUUUUCACCUUCAUAAUCUUAUAUUUAACGGCUGGAAGUGUUGUAUUUUUGCACGCAACUUUUGAAGGGGAACAUAUUGUGUCAGAUAGCGAAAAGACCUUGAUUAAUGGCAUCAGUGAUCGAGGAGAUCUCCAGGAACCUGGAACAGCCCAGUUAAGUAGGGUGUUUAAGGAAGCCCCGGAGUCACCAAGCAUGCCACGGAGAUAUGGACCAUGGUUCAAAACAUCAGGAAAAGAGUCUCUGGAGAGGAGUAAGCAAGGAGACCUUGGAGGUACAUGGAACAGAGCUCUUAAAGGGAGAACUAUGAGAGAACAAGAAGAAGGAAGAGCAAAGUAUAUUGGAUGCUAUAUGGAUGACACGCGGCAGAGAGCGCUCCGUGGAGUGUCCUUUUUUGACUACAAAAAGAUGACAGUGUUCCGUUGCCAGGACAACUGUGCUGAACGGGGUUACAUGUAUGCUGGGCUUGAAUUUGGUGCUGAAUGUUACUGUGGUCACAAAAUUAAAGCCUUAAACGUCAGUGAGUCGGAAUGUAACAUGGAAUGCAAGGGAGAAAAAAGCAACAUGUGUGGUGGAGUAAAUCGUUUGUCCAUCUACAGACUGGAGCUCACACAGGAGUCUGCAAGGAGGUAUGGCAGUGCCAUAUUUCGUGGAUGUUUCCGACGACCCGAUAAUACAUCUCUGGCACUGCCAGUGAGCAACAUUAUGUUAAAUAUGUCGGUGGACAAAUGUGUUGAUUUCUGCACAGAAAAGGAAUAUCCAUUGGCAGCACUUGCAGGAACAGUCUGUCACUGUGCUUUUCCCACAACUUAUUUCACACUUCACGAGCGGGAAGAUGAGCAGCUGUGUGCUCAGAAAUGUAUCGGAGAGGAAUUUGAGAGUUGUGGCACACCGGAUUACUUCGUAGUGUAUCAAACACAAGUACAAGAUAACCGGUGUAUGGACAGGAGAUUUAUACCAAAUCGUGCUAAACAACUUAUUGCCUUGGCAAGCUUUCCUGGUGCAGGAAAUACCUGGGCCCGACAUCUAAUAGAACUGGCUACCGGCUUCUAUACUGGAAGCUAUUACUUUGAUGGAUCACUGUAUAAUAAAGGCUUUAAAGGGGAGCGAGACCAUUGGAGAAAUGGGCGUACCAUUUGCAUCAAAACUCAUGAAAGUGGAAGGAAGGAAAUUGAAUCUUUUGAUGCAGCGGUUUUGCUCAUUCGGAACCCAUACAAAGCGUUAAUGGCAGAAUUCAACAGGAAAUAUGGUGGACAUAUUGGAUUUGCAUCACAGGCUCAUUGGAAGGGAAAAGAGUGGCCUGAAUUUGUUAGUAACUAUGCACCGUGGUGGGCUACACAUACACUAGACUGGCUAAAGUAUGGAAAAAAUGUGCUGGUUGUACAUUUUGAAGACCUUAAACAAGAUUUAUUCUUUCAACUCAAGAGAAUGAUUAACCUCCUGGGACUCCCAGUCUUAGCGGACAGACUCCUGUGUGUUGAAGGCCAAAAGGAUGGAAACUUCAAGCGCUCAGGUCUCAGAAAACUGGAGUAUGACCCUUACACUGCAGAUAUGAGAAAAAUGAUUAGCAAUUACAUUAGGACAGUAGAUGCAGCCCUGAAGCAAAGAAAUCUCAGUGGCGUUCCAGAAGACUACUAUCCAAGAUGAUGACACUGCUCUGUCGAGAAUAUUUCUGGGGCAGUGGUUCCCAGCUGAUGGCUACUUCCACCCAGUGGGUGGCUUGAAGACUUUCUGCUGCUAUUAACUGUUAAAGAUUCUUAUGUGCAUGAAAUAUGAGCAACAAACAGCGCUUCAAAUAUUUGGCAAGAAGUUUAGACAUGUCUGAUUAGGCUAUAUUCAGUUAUUGUCUUCUUAAUGCAGAUUUUCUGCAUGGAUUAAAGUACAUUCUGAUUGAUACAAAUGGAAAUUCCAAGACAUACAACGAUAAAGUCAGCAAAGUUUUUUCCUACUCGUCAUUUGGCAGUUUCUGCUGGUAUUAUGAACAACUUGAGCACUCCAUUGUUAUAGAAAAUAAUGAUUGCACAGUUAGAGCUAAAAAAAUAUGAAUUAGUGCCUCUGAAUAAUAGCCCAUGCACAACAGAUGUUUACCCAAACUGUAUGCAUGAGAAAGGGUGUGAAAGUCCACUCCUCGGUCUUGAUGUAUGACCGGUGUGUGCUGAAGCCUGAACAUCUUGCCUAACAUGCUCUUUAUACAUUUUUUUUCCUCCUUAACAUGAGAUGAGAUAUGUUCCAAACAGUACCAAAUCUACAACGUAUAGGUUACCCCAAGAUUAUCUAGACUAGACACAGAUCUGAUAAGUAAGAAAGCAUACAACAUCCAACUCACCUGAUUCUGCUAUUUUUUAGGCUACAUUCACACAACUAUGUAAAAAAACACUGUUAAAACAAGAAAAAUUGCACAUUUUUAAUUAUAAAAAUGGCCAUAAAAAAACAGCCCCCCCCCCCCUGCAUUGUAAUAGGGCUGUCUGUCUGUUAAACAGACAAAAUGGAACAUAUCCAAUUUUUUUGUGCCCAUAAUUUAUGGGCCAUGAAAAAAAAUGGCCGUGUAAAUAGACAUGUGAAUGUACCCUAAGAAUAUAUGGCAGCAAUCCUGACAUGUCUUGUUGAGUAUACUGUAUGUGUGUACUCCCUAUGAAAUAACAGUGCUGGGCCAUAUUUUCUUAGCACACUGUGUUGUGUCUUCCCUUAUUCUUAAAGGGACCAGAGAGGCUAGAUUAGCAGACCUGAUUGGUCCAAACUGUACUUUGUGUUGCUAUUGGGUUUUUGUUCCUGGAAAUGUAUGAUUCAAUUAACAAUUUCUUCUCACAACUACCUUUUCGUGGUACAACUGGGUGUUAACUGGAAUUAUCAUACUGUUUAGGGACAACCAGUAGUCAGUUUAUUUUUCCACAAAUUUUUCCAGAAGAAAUCACAGAGGAAUAUAAAAUGUCGAGUUAUAUGAAAAGAUGUUCAUUGCUGGACCCCUUAAAAUUUUUUUUAAUUAAUCUCAUAAAAUGCCAAAGCUAAGAAUUGACUAGAGCUUAUAAGUGAUUUUUCGGACUUUUCUUAGACUGAAAGCACAAAGCCUGCAAUGAAAAAUGACUAUACUGGUUUCAUUGUUUAUUUAUUAAAAUCAUUUUUUUUCUAGUUAUAGCUUUCAUAAUGAUGUCACUGGCAAUGAAUGACUGCUGUGAUGUCACAAUUGCCAAUACACCUUUAUCAUACAGUUAGUUGGCAAUAGAGGGUUAAAUGGGUUUGCAGCAAUUUGGGCUCAAAAUUGUAAAGUAACACAUUUGCUCAAUAUACAAAAUUGAUUAUUCUUCUACUGCUUGUCUCAUGUGCUCUCCUGUUGCUCCUUCUUGUGCAAUGAUGUGACUUCCAUAGUGCCGAUACAUCAAAUAAGUGCAUAUUAGUGACAAUAAUGAUGUCUUCUUGGAUGGAGUGUCAAUGAAGUUGGGCUGUACUCCAAGACUGGAGACUCACAAGACCAGUAGUGAGGAGCACAGCAGAAUCGGUAAAGUAAAUAUGUUGCAGAGCUUAUUAUUUUGCAGUUUAGAGCUACAAUUCAUAGAUUUAUAAAUUUCAGUAGCAGCCUUUGAUUUACAGACACUAUUAAAUGAACUUGACUAA